AUGUUAGUGGAACUUGGCGCCAUAGCGGUGGCGCCGCUCGUGACGGUCCAAUGCGUUCUACUAAAGUCCACAAAGCUUGCUCUCUCUGUUUUCUGGUACCUGUGCUGGUUUUUGCACCCAUUCGCCAUCACACGUAGAAUCCCUGAAGAUCCAAUGGAAGGAAUGGAAUUUGUGGUGGAGGUUUCGACUUUCAAGUUCUCGCAAAUCCCGCUAAAGGCGUACUACGUUUCAAAGCGGUAUCUCUUUGAAGACCCACAAGACACCGGAUUCAACGGUAUCCCACUUAGUGAGACUGAAGGAUUCAGCGACUACUUGAUGAAGCUUGAGAGUUAUGCAAGGGCCUACCAUACUGUGGAGGUCAUUGAAGGAUACGAGGAUUCUGACUCCGAGGAGUCCAUUGAGGAGGAACAAAAUGACCAGGAGUCAGGGAAUCCACAAACCCUCAAUGGAACAUCAACCUUGGAUGAAGCUUCAGUAUUCGAUCCCCACGACGUCUCUUCAAAAGCCUCUUCCUCUUCGUCAGUGUCAGAAACCUCCUACUGUGAGGCUGCAAAAAAGCUGAGAAUCAAAAAGAGAGACAGAAUACUCAACAAAAUGGUUGCAAAUUACCCUCCAGUGCUCACCGCCAACCGUUUCAAGCACCUUAGAAUUGCAAUUGAAAAGUAUAUCGAGACCCUGGGUUUUCCCAAACACCUCUUCUUGAAGCUCUGCUGGCAGUACUUCAGCUGGGGUGGUACAGAUAUCGAUAUGAUGUAUUUGGAGCCCGAACUCGAGGUCUGCUUUUUGUGGAUGGAGGUUUUAAGGGAGGACUUUCCCAUCAGUUCGGCAGAUAUGUGGACCUUCACCGCCAAGGUGGUAUUGGAGCUGCUUGGAGCCUCCAAGAUUCCAUGGACUGGUGGAAGAUUCGAUACCAUGCCUUUCAUUAAGGCCAGCUUUGGCGAGUUGUGUUCACGUUUUAAUCUCAGUCUCAGAGAACAGGUGGCUCUCUGGGGAGGCGUCCAGAUCUUGGGAUUUCUGGAUUUCAUGGAAAUCGAGCCAUCACAGAGCAAUAUCUACCUUGAAGAGAUGCCAGGAUACAAGGAUCUUACACCACGGGCGAGGCAAUUGUUAGACCUUUUCGGCGCAAAGGGCCCUGAUAUAGCAGGUGAUUUUUGUGAAGACCACAAUUUGCUUAUUCGGGAGUUUGGCCAUGCUUAUGGCAAGAUGAUAGAGCAGACCAAUCCUUUGAUCAGGCUUUGUCUGGAGCAGGGCAAACAGAGAAGGAGGCGUGGCCGGAAGAAGUAA